UUCAACCACCUUUUUAAUCCAUCACUUGUUCACCCUCUCUCUCUCCUCACGCACCUCACGUCUCCUUUUCAUCACUGUUCCUCUGUAAUCAUCCCCUCAAUCUCCACCAAACCCUAAACCCCUAAUGCAUCAGGCCAUGAAUCUAUCCCUUUCUUGCGAAUCACGGUUCCCUAUAUUCUCCACCGGUCCCCGCAAAACCUUCCAUCUCAAGCCUCCACGCGUCUCAUCAGGCCCUGAGCCAGGCACCAAAACCCUAACCGAGAAUCUCAUCUCGCUCCUCAGAGCGGUCCCGGACUGGGCAGACGAGAUCAAAGAGCGUGGGAUGCAGCAGAAACGCACUCUCUACACACACGAGAAAUGGGUCGAACACAGAAGCUCUCUCCGCCACGUGCGUCACUUAGUCUCCUCCUUCUCUUCGCGCGUUAUACUCUCUCUCAUCCCUCCCGUCUUCUUCUUCACAUCGGUGGCCGUCCUCAUCGCAAGCUACAACUCCGCCGUGGCUUUGGAGUGGCUCCCUGGUAUCUUCCCCAUUCUCAGAUCCUCCUCUCUGCCGUAUCAGCUCACGGCUCCUGCGUUAGCUCUGCUUCUCGUGUUCCGCACGGAAGCUUCGUAUUCUAGGUAUGAGGAAGGGAGGAAAGCUUGGGUUAGGAUCAUUGCUGGAACUGAUGAUUUAGCUAGGCAAGUGAUUUGUUCUGUUGAUGGCUCUGGUGAUGAGUUGGUCCUUAAAGACUUGCUUCUUCGUUACUUUGCAGCUUUCCCUGUGGCUCUUAAGUUUCUGCUGCAGUGUCAUGUGAUUUAUGGUUCAGAUAUUGCAAGAGAUCUCCGGAACUUGAUUGAAGCUGAUGACUUGUCUCUGAUUCUUGAGUCAAAGCAUCGUCCGCGUUGCGUAAUAGAGUUCAUUUCUCAGAGCCUUCAGCUGCUGAAACUAGACGAUACAAAGAGAGAUUUGUUGGAAUCAAAGAUGUUGCAUUUACACGAAGGUAUUGGAGUUUGUGAACAGCUAAUGGGCAUUCCGAUUCCUUUGUCUUACACACGGUUGACCUCGAGGUUUUUAGUCUUUUGGCAUCUGACUCUCCCAAUCAUUCUCUGGGAUGAAUGCCACUGGAUUGUUGUUCCUGCUACUUUCAUCAGUGCUGCUUCUCUCUUUUGCAUAGAAGAAGUGGGUGUUCUUAUAGAAGAGCCAUUUCCUAUGUUGGCAUUAGACGAGCUUUGUGAUCUUGUGCAUAGUAACAUCCAAGAGGCUGUUAAAUCUGAGACUAUCAUACGUAACCGGAUCCUUGCAAAGAUAAAGCUCCAUGAGUUCAAGCACUCACCAAAUGGUCGGCAUUAGAUCUUGAUUUCCCACUGUUGUAAGUGAUGCAUUUUGUCUUCCUUAAGAGGGGUUUGAAGUAUGUAAUGGGUUAGGUUAGGUUCGAUAUAUACAUAUUGUAUAGAAACACUUCAUACGAGUUGCUAGGGAAACUAUUUGCCUUGAGGUUUGUAUAUAUGCAUGCGGAUUCUACAUUUACACAAGUCAAUAGUUUGGUU